UUGUUGAAUAUAACUUGUUCUGUUUCCAGAUGAGACUGCUCGUGGUGUUCCUCCUGAUGGCUUUGAUUGUUCUCCCCACGGAGGGGCUGUUCCGUCGUCGUCGUCGUCGACGAAGAUGGCUCCGUAUCAGAGGCAGCAGGGUUCUCGCUGGUCUUAGCGUUGCAUCGAGAUUGGGUCUGAUAGGAAAGAGAGAUGUGCAAGAAGACCUUGCCCUUGCUGACUUGAAUGAGGAUGGGAACAUUGACCAAUCAGAAGCAGAGAAUCUGUUCGACAAACGUGAUGUGGAACAAAUCCUGCAAUUGGCUGAUAUGGACGGAGAUUCAGUUGUCAGUCAUGAUGAAUUCAUCCGAGGAGUGGAAGAGCUUUUCUCUCUGGAUGCUGAGUAGAUACUCUCGAUACAAGUACAGAAAGAAGAGACAACCUUUCUAAUUUCUAUACUGAUUCUUGAAAAUAAAUCACUGCAGAACAA